AAACUGGCAAAAUCAUCAAAACGGGCAAAAUCCCCCAAAAUGGCAAAAUCAAAACUGGCAAAAUCACCAAAACUGGCAAAAUCAAAACGGGCAAAAUCACCAAAAAUGGCAAAAUCAAAAUGGCUGGCGGUACGGUUGCAACCCCGCGGUGUCCUCUACUCCAAAUUCACCUUGGUGGAGCAGUGGGACAAUCCCGGCGAGCGGGAACCGCGCGUUUUCGGCGUGGAACUGGGCCAACUGGUGGAACGGGAGAAAACAGCCACCAAAGUGCCGCUGCUCAUCCAGAAAUGUGUCGCUGAGAUCGAGAAACGAGGGCUGAAGGUGGUGGGGCUGUACCGGCUUUCCGCCGUCAAGAAGGAACUUCGCGACGCCUUCGAGAGGGACAGCGCGGCCGUGACGCUCUCGGAGCAGCUCUAUCCCGACAUCAACGUCAUCACGGGGAUCCUGAAGGAUUACCUGCGGGAGCUGCCCACGCCGCUCAUCACCCCCACGCUCUACCACGUGGUGCUGGAGGCCAUGGGCAGGAGAUCCACCCGGACCCCCCCGGGAGAGCGUGACGCCGUCAGCCUGCUCGACUGCCUGCCCGACGUUGAGAAG